AUGGUCACCACCCGUGCCGGCUCGCGUGCUGCGUCUGAGUCCCUUGGCUCGCCCGCUCCUAAGCGUACGAAGGCAACUCCCAAGUCGACCCCCAAGGGUACGCCCAAGGGCACGCCGAAGGGCACUCCUCUGAAGAACUCGAUCACCAAGUCGCCCAAGGGAGGCGCCGACGAGACGCCGAUCACGAAAGCGGUCAAGAGUGCUCUGAACCCGGCGCGGUCUGUCCCCGGCUCCGCCCCCGCUACGGGAGCGAAGGGCAAGACUGCGCGCCGGCGUGCGGUGCAGAAGUCGCGCCUUCGUGCCCUUCGCGCCGUCUCGCCCCUCGAGCUCGCCGAGGUCGACGAGACGCUCCGCGAGCUCCUGGUCCGCACCCUGCGCCAGCUGCUCGACAAGGAGCCCGCUGGAGCGAGUAUCUGUCCCUCCCGCGUACCCCGGGUGCUCGCCGCCGACAACGAGGAGUACAAGGACUGGGAGAAGCUCCUCCCCGCCAUGGCUGCUGUGGUUAAGGAGGAGGGACGGAUCGGCAAGGUCGAGUUUGUCGUUAAUGGCGAGGUGGUCGAGAAGGCGGACGGACCGAGGUUUGGUUGA